CUCUAAAAUAUCAAACUUCAACGCUGAUCUCGAUUCACGAGGCUGACCGCCGCAUUUUUUUGCCAGAUUCUUUCAUUUAUGAGUGAAAACGCGUCAAAUGAGUGUAUUUUUAUUAAGAUUUUAGUUCAGAAUGAGAAUGAAGAAAAAAGAGAUGAAAGUGGUGUCAGUCAAGGAACAGCCUUGGAUAAUGAAAAUUUAUGGGGAUCUGAUAUGUAUCCAGAAAGGAGAGGAGGAAAAUUUCAGCACAGUUGGCUUAAGAUAUUAUUUGGUGCUCAGGGACGUGAAUCAAUAGACAAAAAUCGAUGCGAACACAAUGUUUAUAAAUGUAUACAAGAAGGUCCUAUAAUAAAACUCAUGAUGGGAGCACUGAAGAGUUCUGGAUGUGAAAUAGAUAUUCGACGACACAUUUCUUGUGAAGUGUGUAAUCCGUCUGUAACUGGUGGAUAUGAUUCAGAACUUAAUCAGGUAGUUAUCUGUCAAAAUUCAGCAUAUAAUGAAAACAUGGUUCGAGGAGUUCUUGUACAUGAAAUGAUUCAUAUGUUUGAUUACUGCCGUAAUAAAUUAGAUGUUAAAAAUAUUGAUCAUCUAGCCUGUACAGAAAUUAGAGCAGCAAAUCUUGGACACUGUAGUUUUAUGAGUUCACUAUUACAAGGCGAUUCGUCUUUUAUUAAUAUAAAAGCAACACAUCAGAAUUGUGUAAAACAUAAAGCACGACUGUCAGUAAUGGCUGUGCACAAAGUAUCAAAAGAAGUUGCAGAAGCAGCUAUAGAGAGAGUUUUUACAAAGUGUUAUAAUGAUUUAGAACCAAUUGGCAGAAGAGUUCGUAGAAAUUCAUUUGAUAUGCCGAGAGCAUAUGCGGAAGGACAUUUAUAUGGAUAUGACGUGUAAAUAUAUAUUUAAAAAAUUGUAUGAAAAAAUUAUACAUAGCAGUAUAAAUACAAUAAUAG